UGUGAUAUCAAGGCAGUUAAGAAUGGGGAACUAUUGUACCAAUCCGAGAGAGUUUUGGCAUGCUCAGUUAUCAUUGAAAAUGAUGUAUUUUUUACUGGAAUAGUCAGUGCAGCCAUGAAAAAUAAGGUCACAUACAGCUAUAAACUAAGGCUGGAGAAAGAAUCUGAAGAUGUGCUAAACUCACACUGUGAAUGCCCUGCAGGGAAAGGCCCAAAUGGUACAUGCAAGCACCUAGCUGCUUGCAUGAUUAUGCUUGAAAAUUUUAUUGAGAAUGGUGAAGUGGCGGUGCAGAAAUCAUGUACAGAAAAUUUGAUGAUGUUCAACAAGCCAAAGGCAUCCCAUAAAGGAUCUCCAGUCAAAGUUGAAAAAAUUACAAUUGGGAAGAGAAAAUCAGCCGUUCAUUUGGAUGACCCACGACCAGAAAAGUUUAGGAAUGUAGAGGGCAUGCAAGACCGGGUCAGAAACCUAUUAAUCAACUAUACAUCAAAUACUUCUGAAGACAUUGCAUUUCGUUAUCUUUAUGAGAGAGCAGAUUUGAAGUCUGCAAUUCAUGACCACCACUACUUAUCACUGCCUUUCACAGAAUACUGGGUGGAUAAAGCAUUACAGGUAACUGAAUCAGAGGUGGCAAGUAUUGAAAAAGAAACAAGGGGACAAUCUACAAAUAAGAGAUGGUUUGCAGAGAGAAUGUGGAGAAUCACAGCAUCAAAUUUUGGGCAGAUUUCAAGAAUGACAGACAGACGUAACAAACAGAAGCUUUGUAAAUCAUUGAUAUCUAUCAAGAGCCUCACCACCCCUGCAGUCACUCAUGGAAAAUCAUAUGAAAAAAAAGCAAUCAAAAAGUUUGAAGAUAACCACAACAUAAGAGUUCAUGAGAAUGGUUUAUUCAUUUGUUCAAAAAUGCCAUUUCUAGGUGCAACACCAGAUGGCGUUAUAGAUGAUAAAUAUAUAAUAGAGGUGAAAUGUCCUUAUAAAGGACGGAGACAAGAAAUCAACACAAACACAAUGGAAUAUUUCACUUAUUUAGAGGUAGUGGGUGGGGAAAUCAAGCUGAAAAUAUCUUCCAAUUACUAUGAUCAAAUUCAGGGACAACUGUAUAUAAGUGGCAGACAAUUUUGUUAUUUUAUUGUGUAUACACUAAAGUCACUAUUUGUAGAAAUUAUUGAAAUCAACAGAGAAUAA